AUGACUCCGGAACAAAACCCCCCAGUCGCAGUCACCAACGAGGUACCGCCUGACACCGACAGCCCCAAACCAAAAUGGUACCCUCGCGCAUUGAUCCGGCAGGCUGAGCGCUCGCAUCGUCGAUUGCCGGGUAUUAGAAAGGUCCCCCUUCGGGCUAUUGCUGCGAUUUUGUUUAUUGCGUUGGUUAAUGUGUUAGUGUGGAUUGCCGCGGCUGUUGUGUUGCAUUAUUAUCCAUCUCUCGCGUCGAAUGCCGUGCUCUCGUACACGCUUGGUUUGAGACAUGCAUUUGAUGCUGAUCAUAUCUCAGCUAUUGAUCUGAUGACCCGGAGACUCCUGGCCAGCGGCCAGAAACCCGUCACCGUGGGUACCUUUUUCUCCUUGGGACAUUCGACGAUUGUCAUCAUCACCUCGAUCGUCGUGGCCGCCACUGCAGCAGCGGUCUCUUCUCGCUUCGACAGCUUCAGCACUGUUGGUGGCAUUAUUGGCACCUCGGUCAGUGCGGCGUUUUUGAUCCUCUUGGGUCUUAUGAAUGCGUACAUCUUGUACAAGCUGUACAGACAGAUGCAAAAGGUACUGAACCUUCCCGCUGGUCAGGAGGAUGAGGCUUGGAAGGUUGAGGGUGGAGGAAUCAUGUUCAAUAUUCUUCGGAAGAUGUUCAAGCUUAUUGACCGACCAUGGAAAAUGUACCCUCUGGGAAUCCUCUUUGGUCUAGGCUUCGAUACAUCCUCCGAAAUUGCCCUCCUCGGUAUCUCCUCCAUUGAAGCCGCACGAGGAACCAACUUCUGGGUCAUCCUGAUCUUCCCCAUUCUCUUCACUGCCGGAAUGUGCCUCCUCGACACAACCGACGGCGCCCUAAUGCUCUCCCUCUACAUCCAACCCGCCGCAAACUUCCUCCCACCAAAGCAAGACGGCACCAUCGCCUCCGGCGACCUCCUCACCGACCAAGAACAGCAACAACCAACCGAAGACAUCCACACAGCCCAGAACCACCGCGACCCAGUCGCCUUUCUGUACUACUCAAUCGUGCUAACAACGCUUACCGUCAUCGUGGCAAUAGUCAUCGGCAUCAUCCAACUCCUCACCCUAGUGCUGAACGUCGCCGAACCGACGGGUAGAUUCUGGGACGGUGUGCAGACCGCAGGUGAUUACUAUGAUGCUAUUGGUGGUGGGAUUUGUGGGUGUUUCUUGAUCAUUGGACUGCUUAGUGUUUUUGUUUACAAGCCGUGGCGGAGGUGGAUUGCGCGUCGGCAUGGACGGCCGGUUGCCGGGCCUGCUCAUGAGGACGGUAGUUAUCGGGAUGAUUUCACUGAUGAGGAGGAUGCGAAUUCAAAUGCGAACCGUGUUGGCGUGCAGGGCGUUCAGGCUCAGGGUAAGACCGGUUCGCAGGUUACUGUGAGGCCGGCGGGUGAAUCGUCGACUUGA